CAAAUGUUAUUUUUAUAACUUUUGCUUUUGUUUUGAUCGCACAAAGCCACAGCUGAUUGUGUUUUUGCUGAACUGCCAACCUGUUAUAGUUCUGCGUUAACAAACACUGCCACACAUGUGAGAGUAAAAUAUGAAAAUGGUUCAACCUUCGCGGCAGCAAAUCUUGCGUUUAUACAAGCAUUUAAUUCGUUACGGCAAUCACCUAAAGCUGACCGACAAGAACUACUUUCUGGGAAGAGUUCGCCACGAGUUUCGGGACAACCGUUCCCUUACAAAUCCGGUGGAAGUGGAAUUCAGCUUUAAGCGCGGAGAGACCCUGCUGAAGAAGGGACGCAUUCUGUAGGAAUGCUGCGAGUUCUGGUGCGAUUCCUGGCUCUGCCUCCGCCCGCUGUGCG